AUGUCCAGCACUGCCCGAGUCAAGCGUCCUUUCGCCGGCGCCUCGGCGGACCCGUCCCAGCGCCAAAUCACCUCCUUCUUCGGUGCGCACUCUGGCUCGCCCGCCUCCGCCGAGACCGCACGCCAGCAGCAGCAACAGCCUACGCUGCCGGCGAGCAUCCAGUCAAACCUCCUGAGCGUCGGCAUGCGCGUCCGCAAGUCGGUGCCCGAAGGCUACAAGACCGAGGGCACCAGCGCCUUCAAGCUGUGGACCGACAACACCGUCCCCAACGCCCCCAAGGUCCGCAGCAGCAGCACCAGGGUCGCCUCGCGCGAGCUCCUCCCCUUUUGCGGCAUCAACAGGGUGGGAGGCUUCGAGUCGCAGCCCGCCUUUGCGCGCGACGACGUCCCCGACGAGGAUGCCGUGCCCGAGUUGACAAUGUCCCAAGAGACGGUCGACGGCGGCGAGGAGACCGCCACCACGCCCUCCCGCAAGCGCAUCUACGAUGACGACGAGGAUGCGCGGGAGCUCCACGGCGAGCUCAGCCCCGGAAGCCGCGGCAAUGCGCGCCUUCUGGCAAUUCCGCGCUCGCGCAAGACGAAGCCUGCCGUUGGCAGACACGUCGGACAGGAGAAUAUGAAGGUCGACCAGGACUUUGAAGACGCUGAGUUCCUCGUCUUUGACGAGGAGCAAGACUUGAACAUGGCUGUCUAA